CUGCGCACGUUGAACGAUCUUACUGAAUUUCAUAAUAGUCUCAACUCACGGACGAACGGAUCGACAGACGGACGGGUACAGCGGUGUAUUAUGCCAGUGUUGACAUGAAGUUAGCCACGAUCACCUUCAUCAACCUUAUAGUUCUUUCCGGUGCUAUUAUAGGCGAUAAAGGGAAAUAUGACCGGUUCAUAAUAGCGUGCCACACGACAGACUUCGAGUGCUUCAAGCGGCAGUACCGGUCGCUUCGAGACACAGUGCUGCUGGGCAGCUUGCAUUUCGCCAUCGACUUCUAUAAGCCCUACCUAUUCCGCUACGGCGACAGCGGUACCUGCAUCAAGCUCUCCGGCCUCGAGGAGAGCGAGCUCGUCGGAAUCAGCAUGGAUAGCGACAGCAAAGAGUACCUGCUGACGCUGGAGCUGCCACUGCGCAUCCAACAGACGACUAACAAGACGGAGAUCUGUAUGAAGCCCGAUGUCGAGUUUAAAAAUGUUGGCCCCCACAUCGGUCCGUUUCGCAGCUUCAAUGGAAAUGCAACAAUAAAAGCGACAUUCCCUUACGAGCUGCGGAAAAGAAAAGGCGACAUAUACUUGCUGCUGAAAGAGGAAGAUCUGGACGUAAUCCUCGAUAUACCAGACCUGAGACCGCCCAUCCGAUUGAUGUCGAACGAAGGCGGCAGCGGGUACGAGAUAUCGGAGUGGGCGUAUGAGGUGGUGGAGCACAUCGACGCGGCGCGCCACUUCGCGUUGCCCUACACUACUAACAUACGGCUUUUCUCCUCCACUGUGCCCGUGCAUAGAUACCUUUUACUUUAUCCGGAAGAAGAAUACGCCGAUUUGAAGUUUGCAUUCUACGAUUCCGACUAAUAAACCUUAGAAA